GCCCCCAGACCCCCCCCCCCGGCUGCAGGGGCGGGAGGGGAAAACCCGGGCUCCAAUCCUAGCCUGCUCCACUCCCUCGACCAGGAGAGGGGCGGAGGCGGCGGGGGGCUUCCUUCCCCGGGAAGGGACCGGGCUGCUUGCGGCCGCACUCGCAUCCUCGCAAGGAGCCGCGGGGACAGGCUCCUGCAGCCUCUUCUCCAACCCAGCAGCAGCAGCAACUCCUCCAGUCGCCUCCGUUCCCUCCCCUUCUCCUUCCUUCCACUCCUUGCCGCCACCUCCGUUCCUCCCCUCCUCGCCUCCCUUCCACCUCCCCAGUCCCCGCGGGAGGGAAGGAGAGGGGAAAGCAAGCACGGCGUCGGCAGGAGAUGUGGGAGCAGCAGCAGCUGCCUUGAUUGCCUUCCCCGGCAGCGGCGGAAGCAGGAGGCGGCGGCGGCGGCGGCGGCGGCUCUGCCUCCCUUUUUCCAUCCUGCUCCCAUUUCCCAAGAAGGCGCCGCCGGGCAGCGUCGUCAUCGGCAGCAGCGGUCGCCUCCCGGCUCCUCGCUUCUUUGCCCGGCUUUUUCUCUCUUGUGGUCCUGUAAUCGGGUAGCUACAGGAGGAGGAGGAAGAAGAAGAGCGGCCGCCCGCGGCGACGGCCCCAGAGGCAGGAGCCGGGCUUGCAGGCAGCGGCAGCAACAAAGAAGCGCCGUCUCCACUUUCUCCCCGUUCUCCGCUUCGCUCUUGUUAGGGCCAGACAUGGAAGAUGGAUCUUCUUCGGGCAGCUGUUUUAGGCGGUUUACCGAGUGUUUCCUGAGCGCAAGUUUGACAGAUGAAAAAGUGAAGGCCUAUCUUUCUCUCCAUCCCCAGGUACUGGAUGAAUUUGUGUCAGAAAGUGUAAGUGCUGAAACAGUGGAAAAAUGGCUGAGAAGGAAACACAACACAGAGGAAGAUGUUUCGACUCCUAAGCAUAUCAGCAGGUACCAGAAUCCUGAUAUCCAAGCAGUGGUAUAUGACCUGAACGGCUUUAUAGAGCAGCGGAUGGAUAUAGGAGGGCACAAUCAACUGCUCUUAUAUGAAUUGAGUAGCAUCAUUCAAAUGGCUACAAAUGCUGAUGGAUUUGCACUGUAUUUCCUGGGUGAAUGCAAUAAUAGCCUCUGUGUGUUCACGCCACCAGGAGUGAAGGAUGGACAACCACAUCUUGUUCCUGUGGGACCCAUUAUGCUUGGCACCACAGUAUCUGCAUAUGUAGCCAAAUCUAGAAAAACGUUAUUAGUAGAAGAUAUUUUGGGGGAUGAGCGGUUUCCCAAAGGUACUGGACUGGAAUCAGGAACUCGCAUCAAGUCUGUGCUUUGUUUGCCAAUAGUUACUACACUUGGUGACUUGAUUGGUAUCCUGGAGCUUUAUCGACACUGGGGCAAUGACACCUUCCUCCUCAGCCAUCAGGAGGUUGCAACAGCGAAUCUUGCAUGGGCUUCUGUAGCAAUACAUCAAGUAGAGUAUUUCAAAUGUUCUGGUCAGGUAUCGAAGGGCCUCGCUAAGCAGACUGAAUUGAAUGACUUCCUGCUUGACGUUUCAAAAACCUAUUUUGAUAACAUUGUGGCAAUAGAUGCUCUACUUGAAAAUAUCAUGAUAUAUGCAAAAAACUUGGUGAAUGCAGAUCGCUGUGCGCUUUUCCAGGUAGAUCACAAGAACAAUGAAUUAUAUUCAGAUUUAUUUGAUAUUGGGGAGGAACAUGAUGGAAAACCUGUCUUCAAGAAGACCAAAGAAAUACGAUUUUCUAUUGAAAAAGGAAUAGCUGGUCAGGUAGCAAGAACAGGUGAAAUUCUCAACAUUCCUGAUGCCUAUGCAGAUCCACGUUUUAACAGGGAGGUAGAUCUCUACACAGGCUACACCACCAGGAAUAUUUUAUGCAUGCCUAUUGUGAGCCGAGGAAGUGUAAUAGGCGUCGUGCAGAUGGUGAACAAACUAAGUGGAUGUGCCUUCUCUAAAACUGAUGAGAACAACUUUAAAAUGUUUGCAGUCUUUUGUGCUUUAGCCUUACACUGUGCUAAUAUGUACCACAAAGUUCGCCAUUCAGAGUGUAUCUACCGUGUUACUAUGGAGAAGCUUUCCUAUCACAGUGUUUGUACAGCAGAAGAAUGGAAAAACCUCAUGGACUGCAGACUCCCACCACAACUCUGCAAAGAAGUAGAACUAUUCCACUUUGAUAUCACUCCUUAUGAAGAUUUCUGGCCAUCCAUUUUUAUCUAUAUGAUCCAUCAGUCUUGUGGGUCAGGCUGGCACAGAAAUGCAGUCAGAAAGGAAGACAGGUUGAAAAAAGAAGAUUCCAGUGUUUUGCUGUCAGCCUUGAGCCUUUAUGUGGAAUCUGAUGUUUUGGAGGAAGGUUUUGAACUAGAAAAACUAUGUCGAUUCACACUGUCUGUAAAGAAGAAUUACCGCCGUGUGCCCUAUCACAACUGGAAGCAUGCAGUUACAGUUGCGCAUUGCAUGUAUGCUGUUCUUAAGAAUAACUACAGGCUUUUCACAGACGUAGAACGAAAAGGACUUAUGGUUGCAUGUUUAUGUCAUGACCUGGACCACAGGGGUUAUAGCAACAGCUAUCUUCAGAAGUUUGAUCACCCAUUGGCAGGUCUUUAUUCUACUUCAACAAUGGAGCAGCACCAUUUUUCACAGACAGUAUCAAUAUUGCAGCUGGAAGGCCACAAUAUCUUCUCUAAUUUGAGCUCUAGUGAGUAUGAGCAGGUGCUGGAAAUAAUCCGCAAAGCCAUCAUUGCUACAGACCUUGCGCUGUACUUUGGAAACAGGAAACAUUUGGAAGAGUUGCACCAGUCAAGAUCACUAAAUCUUAAAAAUCAAGCACAUAGGGAUCGUGUGAUUGGGCUGAUGAUGACAGCUUGUGACUUAUGUUCUGUGACAAAAUUGUGGCAUGUUACCAGAACGACAGCCAGCGAUAUAUAUGCAGAAUUUUGGGCGGAGGGUGAUGAAUUGAAGAAGUUAGGUAUUCAACCUAUUCCUAUGAUGGACAGAGACAAGAAAGAUGAAAUUCCUCAGGGCCAAAUUGGGUUCUUCAAUGCUGUAGCCUUGCCCUGCUAUAACACCCUCUCACAGAUCCUCCCUUCCACUCUGCCACUACUUCGAGCUUGCAAGGAAAAUCUUAAACAAUGGGAAAAAGUGAUACGAGGAGAAGAAGCAUAUGGAUGGAUGCCAGCACAGACAAAUAGCCCUUCGACAGAUGUGCUACCUGUGGAAAUUACAGACUGAUUCACAUUUUAAAAUUUCUUUGAGACUCCCACCACCUUUUAAGGCUUUUAAAAGGAUAAAUACUGCAAAUUCUAACUGGGAAGACUUGUGCACCUUUCUUUUCUUUGCUGAUCCAGUGUGUACAGAGAGACUGAUGGACAACUCAACUAUUGCAGAAUCAGCUAUCAAAGCAAAUGCUUGGCUUGUAAAUAUAAGACUGCCUUUUUCUCAUGGGCUACUUUGCUGAGGCCUUAAUUUAAAAUUGUUGGGCAAGGAAGGCAAAUCUUGGGUGUUGCUUUUGCAUUUUGUCUUUGUAGCAGAGAUUUUCAGUGGUACUUACAACACUAUACUGUGGCUGGCUUUAAUGCCAGUUUCACUUGGGGAGUUCUUGGCUAUACAUAGGACAUUUCCACAUUGUUAUUGUAAAUGUUUAUGUUUGAUCUCUGUGCAAUCAGCUCAGACGCUACCAGAAAAUAUCUGGGACUGAAACUAUCUUUGAGUUUACAGUACUUGAAUUAAUCUUGCUGCAUGUGUGGGGGGAGGAGGAAUUUAACAUCCAGAUAGAAGACUCCAGAAAUUAUUCUGUUUACAUCAUGGAACACUGCUCUACUGCAAACAUGUUAAACAUUUGAAAGGUAUAACCAGUGCUAUUUUUCUAGAAAAAGAGGUGCCAGAGCUUACCAUGGACACCUCCCAUGUUCCCUUAUGAUGGCAAUGUGCCCACUUGAGAGGUGCUGGAACUGGGUUCCUGUGCAUUCCCUGAAAAAAAGCCCUGGGUGUGACCUAUGGUUCUUCAAAGCGAUUUCAGCAGCUACAAUAUGUGCCCAUUUUUACAAUGGAAAUAAUAGAAUAUGUGCCUCUGAUAAGUAGAGAUGUAGUUGUCCUGUAAGGUCCUAAGAGGCCUUCCUGUCAACGUUAGUAAGAGUAAUGGGCUUAAAUUUCAAAUUUGGCAACAGAAAUCUGCCAGGUAUUUAAAUUUAUAUUUUAGCAAGUAUUAGAGACAAGUCUCCAAAUCCCAACUAAUCCACAAAAAAACAGGACCUUCCAGACAAAAGUUUUCAUGGUACCAUCACAGUAAAUGAAGCUAGGUUUUGUGUUGCUCACUUGAACUGUGUGCGUUCUGUUCUGCCCUUCCAUUUGAAUUCCCAAACAACAGAGAGCUUUUAAAAAACAAAACAAAAAACAAAAACAAAAAACACCCUCCUUAGUAUUGUAAGCAGGUUGCCUUCUUAACCAGAGAGUGAUUUGGAAACCCUUGCACUUGAAUACUGUGAAUGAAGGUCUGUACUAACUUGGGCCCCUAUUCUGCAAAUAAUUACAUUAUGUGAAGUCAGUGUAUACUUCUUUGCAGAAUUGAGUUUCAGACCUAGUGCAAACAUUUUAACCUUAAUAGGCAUGUAGGAUGUAUAAAUAAGCCAUUGAGUCUAAUCCUCACUCCUCUGACCUCAGCAAGUUCUGUUGUUAACUUGAAUGAAUUUUGAGCUAGUAUAUCCUUUUCUUUUCCCUUUAUCUUACACUGUUCUCUCAAAUCUCCCAGGUGUGUAAAGUCUAUGAGUGGUGAGGGAGCAAGAUUGCACUUUCCUAUGGGCCUGGCUGCCAUUUAUGUACUGUAUGUAACAUUUAAAUGACUGUACAUAAAAUGUCCACCACGUAUAGGCCUGAUCUGCACAAAUCACAUGCUGUGUGGGGUGUGUGUGUGACUGUGGAAUGGCCAUGUCCAUGUUGGCCUGCUUACUUUUGUGGCCAUGUGCACCACUGCAAUGCAACCCUUCUAGGCAUGGCCAACAGGAAAUGCAGCUCUCAAGAGUCACCGCCCCUGAUUUAAGACAUGCAUGUGAAGAAGCUGUAGGGGACACUUUACUAGUGCUUUUUCUAUUGCUGCUUAGAUGUAUCCUCAACAGUGUGACAAUGAAAUGAAAGGUACUGUGAGAAUAUCUUUAUGCAGGUUGAUAUCUGUGAGAUGGUCUAAUAACCCUGAAAAGAACUGGUGUGCCAAGUUCAUUACUUGACAAUAGAAUCACAUGCUACAAUGUUCGAAGUACUUUUUUGUUGCUGCUGUUGCUGGUGCAAAACUUUAAAUAUAGCACAAUCAGUAAGAGUGAACCCUUGCCAUUAUGGAGGACUGUUAGAAGCAGACUUCGUUCUCACCAAUGCCCUGUGCAGAAUAAACUACUCUUUUUACAGUUCACAUACAUAGAUCCUAUGGUAGAUUUGAGGCAAUGUUGCUUUAGCAUAAUAUCUGUUAGUUUUAUCUGACUAAUAGACAGUGCUGACUUUUUCAUUGUUGUUCAACAUUUUGUACAGACUGUACUGUCAGUACAUUGUUCACAAUGCUGCAUUAGCCCAAAAAUAUUUAUCUUUUCCCCCCCAAUCAAAUGGGUCUCCAAAAAGAUUUGCCUUAACAGCAAAUACUGUUACAAGUUUGUAUGUAAAUGUGCACUAUCUGGUCAGAAAUAUAAUUGCAGAAAUAUGUUUGAGCCUUUGUCUUACACAAAACAUUUAGAUUUAAAUCUGUGCUUUGGCAGGUCUUUUUAAAAACCCAGUUUGUUGAAUGGAUCCAGUUGACUUCACUGCCCUAAGGGUAAAGGUCUUCUGCUGAUUCACUUUAAUCAUUCUUAUAGUCAUAUAUGGGCAUUGCUGCCCAGCAGAACCGAGUCCCUGUUAAAGAAAGAACGAGCAUAACCUAAUAUGAUCAGAUUUUGUUCAUUUGGACAACUGCAUUUAUGUGUCUAUGUAUGUCUUAUAUAUUUUUUCUGAUUAAUGCAAAGCAUUCCUAUGCACAGUAUGCACGCACACACCCUAGAAAAAUGACAGAGUUAGUAAUGCAAGAAACAGUUCCAGAUAUGUGAUAUUUUAAUUUUUUUUAAUUGCCAAAUAUUCAGACUUCAGGCUGGUUCACACUGUAGUGGCAAUGGUACAUAUGGUGCAGCUUGAUAUCUAUGCACCCGAUGACCAUGUUAGGAGUUGUUUGGUAUGUGUGGGCACUACACAAACCAGCUGCAAGUGAGGGCAACCUAUUUCCAUAAUGAUGACUCACAUUUGAAAGGGGGGGUUAUUGGUUUGUUUUUGUUCAUGUCUAUUACGUAUUUUGUGUUUUCCCCCUUUAUUUUUAAGUUGUGAACUGCCCUGAGAUCUACGGAUGAAGAGCAGUAUACAAAUUUAAUAAAUUAUUAUUAUUAUUAUUAUUAUUAUUAUUAUUAUUAUUGAAAUAGGUUGCACUCACAUACGCAGUGAUUCCAUGGAUGGCAGAAUCGCAGGCUGCCUGCAGAUGAUCAGCAGAUGCACUUUACUCUUGUCUGCCAUUGGCACUGAAAUUUUUUAACUUAUGGUUUAGGUA